AUGGAUUCCCAGAAAAGGAAGCGUCUAAUAAUUUAAUAUUCUCUAAAAUUAAAAGAACUCAAAGAAGGAAGAGAUACUUCUGCCUCGAAGGGACAACGAGCUCAGUAAAAAUCUCGAGUCUUAAAAACUGAGUCCUCCAUGUCCAUGGCUAAAUAGCCACAAUAAAUAUCAAUGCCUCCAGUAGAUGAUAUAAUUUCAAAGGGAGAAUGCAAAUUGAUUUUCCUUUAAACAUAAUCCGAAGACACAGGUUUUCGAACAUUUAAUGAGAUGAUGAGGACCAAUUCAAGUUGGCUUACUCAAGCAGAUAAAUUGGCCAAUACUCUUAGUAGUCCAUUGCAAUUGAAAAAUAGACUUCAAUUCAAUCAUAGUCAAGCCUUGAAGUUCAAGAAUCGAAUUGAGUAAAAAUGGAACAUGACUGUAAAAGAAGUAGCCGAUUCGAUAAUACAGAAACAAGAAUAAAAGGACCAAUAGAAAAUUAAAUUAGUUCAUUUAAAGAUAAAUCACACUGAUGCAGAUGACGUAGGACCAUAAUAAGAGGAAUGUUCUUCGCCCUCUCUAUCAUAAGAAGUGAUAACUACAAAUCUAAAGUUUUUUUGGUUCCAUAUCUCAAUAUCAGAUUGGAAACCACCAAUUCGUGAAGGAUGUACAGUUACUUACAUUCAAAAUUUGAAUAAAUGCAUAAUGUAUGGUGGAAUAGGAAACGAUUUAUUCAAAACUUUUGUAACUCUGAAUACUCAGUCAUGGGUAUGGAAGGACAUAGGAACUGGAGUAGGGGAUGUUCCAUUGGAGGGUCGAUUUGGACACACAGCCACUCUUUAUAAGCAACAAUUGAUAAUUUAUGGAGGAGAGAAAAAAUACAAUAAUGCAAUGAAAAUGCGGGAGUGCUAUGGGGAUGUUCGUAUAUUUACACCAAAUGACAAAACUUGGAUCUAACUUAAACCUUAUGGAGAUGUAGUGGAAGGGAGACGCAAUCAUUGUGCUGAAGUAGUUGGAAAAUACUUUAUCGUUUAUGGUGGGAUCAAUUCUUAUGGCAAAGUCCUGACAGAUGUUGCAGGACUUAAUUUAGAAACGUGUAAAUGGACUUCGUUUUAGAUUGAGAAUUCUGGGGGAUUAGAAGGAGUCUCCGAUGCCACUUCUUUAGCCAUGUUCAAGAGUGAAGUUAAAAUGGAAAAUCCUUAUUUCAGUUAUGAAUGGGUCAAAAAAAAGGGGAAGUCUUUCUUGCCGAUUACAACUGAAGGCAUCUAUGUGUUUGGAGGGAGAUUGUAAAAUGGAGAGGCUGUUAAUGAUCUUAGGAUUAUACAAUUCGGGUUCAAACCGAUCAAAAUCACAAAAGUGAUGAAAACCAAAGGUUAAGCACCAUUAGCUCGAUAUUCUCAUUCUAUGAAUUACUUUAGAUAAACCAAUGUGAUCAUCAUUUAUGGAGGAAGGAAUGAUUCCAAAUAAGGAAAUAUCCUUAAUGAUAUAUUUGUAUUGCAAAUCCAAUAAUUCUCAUGGUCUUAAGUUUAAUAGAUCCAAUAACUAAAACAUGGCAAAUGCAGACAUUCAAGUGUUUCUAUUGAUUCUAAAAUACUUAUUUUUGGAGGCUAUGCUCAACAUGUUUUCGCCAAUGCUGACAUUCAAUUAUUGGAAUUAGAUCAAAACAAAGUGGCUAAAAUGAUUAAAGACAAUAAAAAUAAUAAAAAUAGGGAUGUCGUCAUUCAUAGCGAUGAAUUAGUUAAUAACAACACUCUUAAAGUCUUUAAGACUGAAUACUACAAUGAAGCUGAAGAUCCAGAUCUUAAACAAAAGAAAAUCUAAGAAAACGAAUUCCAAAGAUUAUGUUAUAGCAAUUUCAAAAGUUUUAUGCCUCUGCCUCAACAAAAUCAUUCAUCGUUGGUCAAUGAAUACAAAAAUAAGAGAGAAUUAGCUAAAUUAGAAAUUCUCAAGAACUAAUUUAAUGAUCUAAGUAGAAGGAAUAGUCGUAGAACAACUAGUGAUUUUAAGAUUAUUGAGUAAUGA